GGGGCCGCCCCCCCGCCAGCCCACUCGCGUCCCUCGCACUUGCGAGGAAGCGGCUACAGUCGCUCGGGAAGCGGUAGGGUUUUUCCACUUCAGGCCACGAAAGUCUUUCUCUGGAAAUAGCAGCCGUACGGCGUUCGCUAUUUCCAGGCAGCGCCCCGGAGAAAGAACGGUGCGACCGCGCCGCGCAGAGCCCGGGCCCCCCGCCCAUGCGCAGCCAGCACGGGGGGGAAGCCCAGGCGCGGUGGGGGCGAGCGGCGGAGGCAACACGAACCGCGGCCGCUUGGUUUCCUCAGAAACCGCCUGGCUGUCAUCCCGGUGAAGCUGCCGGCGGAGGCACCAACCCUCAAUCUGCUCCGCCGCCCCGAGGGGCGGAGCGGGCCGGGCCAGGAGAGGCGGCCUGCACCCGGACGCCAGUAGCCGAGCGUCCGGGGGCCAAGGGCACCGCCCGGCUCCGGGCGGCGGGGGGGGCCGGGGGUGCCGUUACACCGCCCCCCCCCGGCGCUGACCGGCGCCCCAGCCCCGCCCACCGCGGCGGCCGGAGCCUGCCAGUCUGCGCGCGUGGGAGGGCGGGCGCGGGCGCCUACCUGCCCACACGCCCGCCCCCGGCGCGCGGCCUGCCCCACGUGACGGCCGGCGGCCAAUCCCUGGGGCCAGGGAGCGGGACAGGCGGGAGGGCGGGGGCGGGGCGCCGCCACUCCCCUCCCCGCCUAUCCCCGCGCGCGCUUGCGCCCUACCUGACCGAGACCGGUGGCGGCGGCGGCGACCGGGCCACGCCCCCUCCCCCGGCCACGCCCUUUCCCCUCCCGCGGCUCCCGCUCGGCGGCGGCAGGUGAGGAUGCGGCUGGGCCGGUGCCCCCGCGUCGGCGGCGCUCGCGGCCGCCGGGGCUGAGGUCGCUGCCAUGGCUCUGCCGGGCGCCGGGGCGGCGGCGGCCGCCGGUGGUGGGGGUCCGUGCCCGCUGUGGACGGCGCUGUACGAUUACGAGGCGAGCGGCGAGGACGAGCUGAGCCUGCGGCGGGGGGACGUGGUGGAGGUGCUGUCGCAGGACGCGGCCGUGUCUGGCGACGACGGCUGGUGGGCGGGGAAGAUCCGCCACCGCCUCGGCAUCUUCCCCGCCAACUACGUGACCCGCCAGCCCCGUAGCGGGGCGGCGGGGGGCGGCGGCGGCGCGGGGCGAGGGGACCCCGCGGGGAGCCUGACGGAGAUCGACUUUCAGCACCUGGAGCUGCAGGAGAUCAUCGGCGUGGGCGGCUUCGGGAAGGUGUACCGGGCCACUUGGCGGGGCCGCGAGGUGGCCGUGAAGGCGGCGCGGCAGGACCCCGACGAGGACAUCACGGCCACGGCGGAGAGCGUGCGGCAGGAGGCCAAGCUCUUCUCCAUGCUGAGGCACCCCAACAUCAUCGCCCUGCACGGGGUCUGCCUGCGGGAGCCCAACCUCUGCCUCGUCAUGGAGUUCGCCCGCGGCGGCUCCCUCAACAGGGCCCUGGCCGCCGCCGGGGCCGGGGCCGGGGCCGCCCGCGGGGGCCGCCGCAUCCCCCCGCACAUCCUGGUGAACUGGGCGGUGCAGAUCGCCCGCGGCAUGCUCUACCUGCACGACGAGGCCAUCGUCCCCAUCCUGCACCGGGACCUCAAGUCGAGCAACAUUUUGUUGCUAGAGAAGAUGGAACAUGAUGACAUUUGUAAUAAAACUCUGAAGAUUACAGACUUUGGUCUGGCUAGAGAGUGGCACAGAACAACCAAAAUGAGUGCAGCAGGGACUUACGCAUGGAUGGCUCCAGAAGUUAUCAAGUCCUCCAUGUUUUCUAAAGGAAGUGAUAUUUGGAGUUAUGGAGUGUUGCUGUGGGAACUGCUUACAGGAGAAGUUCCUUACCGUGGCAUUGAUGGCCUUGCUGUGGCUUAUGGAGUUGCUGUAAAUAAACUUACUUUGCCCAUUCCAUCCACCUGCCCUGAACCAUUUGCAAAACUAAUGAAAGAAUGCUGGGAGCAGGACCCUCAUAUCCGACCAUCGUUUGCCUUAAUUCUUGAACAGCUUACUGCCAUUGAAGGGGCAGUUAUGACUGAAAUGCCUCAAGAGUCUUUCCAUUCCAUGCAAGAUGACUGGAAAUUGGAAAUUCAGCAGAUAUUCAAUGAAUUGAGGACCAAGGAAAAAGAGCUUCGAUCACGAGAAGAGGAGUUGACAAGAGCAGCUCUUCAGCAAAAAUCUCAAGAAGAAUUACUUAAGCGCCGUGAGCAACAGUUAGCAGAACGUGAGAUCGAUGUAUUGGAGCGUGAGCUGAAUAUCAUGAUAUUCCAGUUAAAUCAAGAGAAGCCCAAUGUAAAGAAGAGGAAGGGCAAAUUUAAAAGAAGCCGCUUAAAACUUAAAGAUGGACACAGAAUUAGUUUGCCUUCAGAUUUCCAGCACAAAAUAACUGUGCAAGCAUCCCCGAAUCUGGAUAAGAGGAGGAGUUUAAACAGUAACAGCUCUAGUCCAUCAAGUAGCCCCACAAUAAUUCCUCGGCUUCGAGCUAUACAGUUGAUUCCCAAAACAGAUACACACACAACUAAUGGCCGAAGAAACAGUGUAUAUGUGUACCAGCAAGAUGUAGAUAUCACAAGUGAAUAUGAACUUCCCAGUGGGGUUAUGAAAAAAGGCAAGAUUUCAUUAUGUUUCAAAGUAACUUCAGAUGAAAGCAACAAAACUUGGGGAAGGAGCACAGCUUUUCACCAAGAAGAGUUUGAAGAUGUGAAGAGAAGUUUUAAAAAGAGAGGUUGUACCUGGGGACCAAGUUCAGUUCAAACAAAGGAUCGUGCAGAUUGUAAGGACAAAAUAAGACCCCUUUCAGAUGGCAGCAACCCUUGGUCAACCCUUUUAAUGAAAAAUCAGAAGGGUGUUCCAUUAGCUUCACUAUUUGUGGACGAAGGUGUCUGUACUGAUAAGAAACUUCUCCCUGAAGGUUUGGACAGUAAAAGACCAAAGCCAAUUAAGUUGCCGAAUCAGGCCUACAUUAAUCUACCUCUUUGGAAAGAUGAUCAGGGUGAGAAUACAGUAGAACAUGAGAGCUUUGAAGAAGGAACCUCUGCUAGCUCUACAAACAGUACUCCUCAAAUGACACCUACAAACAGUCUAAGCAGGACGCUGCAGAAAAAGAAAACUGAUUCGGUGCUGUAUGGGUGUGCUGUCCUUCUUGCAUCUGUUGCCCUGGGCUUAGAUAUCAGAGAGCUGAACAAGACGACGGGUCCAGAUGAACUCUUGCCUAAAGAUGAGAAGAAGAAGCGUGAUGGAAUAUUUCAGCGUGCUUCAAAAUUUCGCAGGAGUGCUAGCCCUACACGACUGCAGUCCAAGAAAGAGGAAACAAGUAUUCCAUCCCUAAAUCCAGCUGCAAAUACUGUGAAUCUUCUCUCUAUGCCCUCCAUUUCCACAAAAUGCCUACUUCAGUCUGACAGUGAAGACGCCCUUAUAAGCACUGUGGUUGGUGACUGCGGUCCAUAUAGUUCCACAGAUGACUUCUCAUCUGAAACCUGUGAAAGUAAGAGAGAACAGAGGUUAAAGUUGGCUCCUAACACAGUUUCUACACAAUUAAAACAUCAGCCUUUUAAUCUUUGUCUGAAACAAGAAUCUCAAAAUGUGCCAAAAGAUUCCUGGAUGAAGUUAAGUGUGUUGGGUCACAGACGAGCCUUAUCAGAUGGGAACGAUUUUCAGACCACAGCUAAUGGAUUCACUUCAACCAGUGAUGUCUCCCCAUUACCAGUUCUGUCAGUUACUAGAACUCUGCACUCUCCAUCUGUUCAACAACGAAGCAAUCACAGUGGUGUUUCAACUGAAAAGCAAAGCACUAUCAAUAUUAUAUCAAGGCCUCGACCUUCUUCUCUAAGAAGUAAAAUCGAUGCAUGGCAGAUUAUUCCACGUAUUAUUAAACCAAACUCUAAAGACACUGAGUAUUUAGAGGGCAAUGUAGAUCCAGAUGUUAACUUCUUGGCAGAUACUGAGGAAAGAACUAACUGCCACAUGCCCUCAUUACUUGAUAUUGAUGUGGAAGGUCAAAACAGAGACUGUACUGUGCCUUUAUGUAGAAUGAAGAGCAAAACUUGUCGGCCUUCUAUAUAUGAACUGGAGAGAGAGUUUCUGUCGUGAGUGCCUUUCAUUUUAAAAAUGUUUGCUUUUUAAAGGGGAACAAAUGUAAAAUUCUUGUCCAUCUAAUGCUUUGUGCUGCUGUUUUCUGAUGUACUGUGACAAAUAGUACCAAAAUCAUUAAAAUGGGCAGCUAAUAAAGAAA